AUGUCCGGGCGCGGGAAGCAGGGCGGCAAGGCGCGCGCCAAGGCCCGGUCUCGCUCCUUCAGGGCGCAGCUGCAGUUUCCUGUUGGUCGGAUCCACCGCCUGCUGCGCAAGGGCAACUACGCGGAGCGGGUCGGGGCCGGCGCGCCCGUGUACCUGGCGGCCGUGCUGGAGUACCUGACGGCCGAGAUCCUGGAGCUGGCGGGCAACGCCUCCCGCGACAACAAGAAGACGCGCAUCAUCCCGCGCCACCUGCAGCUGGCCAUCCGCAACGACGAGGAGCUCAACAGGCUCCUGGGCGGCGUGACCAUCGCGCAGGGCGGCGUCCUGCCCAACAUCCAACCCGUGCUGCUGCCCAAGAAGACCGAGAGCCACCACAAGGCCAAGGGCAAGUGA